UUUUCCGCACCACUAUUAGUACCAGACUUUGAGUAAUUGACAUCCAACCUCCUUGACAGCAACAAUGAGCAAGUGGGACAACAUGAAAAAGUCCAUGUCCCGUGCGGGCACAGGCCUGCGCAUGGGCAACGCGCGGAUGUCAGCCGACCCCGAGUACAAUGAGCAGGAGCAGCGUUUCCGGUCACUGGAGCGCAAGGCAAUACGGCUGCUGCAAGACGCCAAGGACUACAACAUCAGCAUCAUCGAGAUGACCAGCGCGCAGAAGAAGCUGGCCGAGAACCUGUCUGCGUUCCUGCUGGACGUGCAGCGCCCGCGCGAGUACCAGGCGGCCUACCGGCAGGCGACAACGGAGAUUGACGAGACUGCGCGCGUGCAGUUUGACGAAGUCUACGCGCACACGGUGCUGGACCCACUGGCGCGGUACUGCGGGUUCCUGCCCGAGUUCGACAAGGCGUUCACCAAGCGCAACCACCGGCUGCAGGACGUCGAGAAGGCCAAGAGCGUGCUGUCCAAGGAGCAGACCAAGGGCGACCCCGCGGCGAUUGAGCGCGCAGAGCAGGACCUGGCGUAUGCGGAGCAGACGUAUGAGCAGCUGAACCGCGCACUGAUCACCGAGAUCCCGAAGCUGAUCAAUGCGCGUGUGUAUGUCAUUGACCCGUCAUUCGAGGCGUUUGUCAAGGCGCAGCUGCAGUUCUUCAGCGACUCGAAGAACCAGCUCGACCAGGUCGCGCGGUUCGUGCCGCCGCAGACCGGCCAGGACGACGAUGCGCAGCUCAACCAGCGCAUCGAGACCGUCAUGGGCCAGCUGCGCGGACUGUCAAUUUGCUCGCUGAACGUCUAGACAUUCUUUAUUGUUGUUUGAAUACACGUGACGUGUGCCUGUAAGCUAGCUCCACAACAAUCACAGCGCCCAC